UUGUAGCGCUGCAGUACAGAAUAUUCAGAACAUCAGAGCAAAAGCUUAACAGGAGCACAUUCACAGGUCACACUAGUCUGCUGGGUAACAAGGAUUUAACCUCUGCUCAGCUCCCAUUGAUUCUGAUUGUCUGUGGGGUGUUUAGGUGUCUAACAAAGCUGUGAGAGUGAGACCUUGUAAAAGGUGGGGAAACAACUGCUGCCUUUCGCUGCUGACGUUUCAUCCGUUCAACUUCCUCAUUAGCUAAAACAAGAACAAAAACCAGGGCCAGAACACCCGCAGAAUCUCACCACCAAGGCAGUGCGAACCGGCUCACCUGUCUCUUCUGCUUCUGAUGAACUGACCCAGCUCUGGAACCUGUGUGGACCUUCUUAUAUCGGAUCAGGAUCCAUCUGAAGGCGGUUGUGGAGGUCUGGUAGAGAACUGGUUUGGACCCCAGUGCCAGCAUGCUGCGACAGUCUCUAAGCAUCCUGAAGCAGUUUGGCUCGGCAGCAAAGUCACAAGAUGCCACUGACCUUCUGCAUGAGGACCUGGUUCAGGUGGAGCAGCGGGUGGAGCCAGCCAAGAAGGCAGCUCAGGUCCUCCAUAAAAAGCUGCAGGCCUGCAUGCUGAGUCCUCUUGGGCUGGAGGCUGAAAGAAGAAUGAAGAAACUUCCAUUAAUGCUGCUGUCUAUAAGCAUGGCUGAAAGCCUGAAGGACUUUGAUGCACAGUCUUCAAUCAGGAGAGUCCUGGAGAUGUGCUGCUUCAUGGAGAAGAUGCUGGCCAGCAUGCUGGCAGACUUUGAGAUGACUGUGGAGAAGGAAGUUCUGGAGCCACUCAAUAAGCUUAGCGAGGAAGAUUUACCAGAAAUCCUAAAGAACAAAAAACAGUUUGCAAAGCUCACUACAGACUGGAACAAUGCACGACUCAGAAGUCAAGCCAGCAACGGGCCCCAGGCUAAGCAGGACGGACUCAGGGAGGAAGUAGAAGAGGCAUGGAGGAAGUUGGAGAGUAUCAAGGACCAGUACUCUGCAGACCUCUACCAUUUUGCAACUAAAGAAGAUGACUAUGCUAACUACUUCAUCCGUCUUCUCGAACUGCAAGCGGAGUAUCACAAGAAUUCCCACGAGUUCCUGGACAAAAACAUCAACGAGCUCAAAGAGAACCACACUCAAAAAGAUCAAGCACUGAGCCUUUCUAACCAGAAGGUCUACGGGGAGCCGCUGGAAGCGCAUCUGACCCAGAGCAGCAGGGAGAUUGCAGCACCCAUCCAGGAGUGUAUUCAUAUGUUGCUGAGAACGGGCAUGAGAGAGGAGGGUCUGUUUCGGCUUGCAGCAGCUGCCUCGGUGGUGAAGAGGCUGAAGACCUGCCUGAACCAAGGGACUGUGGACCACAGCGAGUUCAGCAUGGACCCUCACGCCGUCGCAGGUGCAUUGAAGUGUUACCUUCGAGAGCUUCCUGAACCCCUGAUGACCUUUGAACUGUACAAUGAUUGGUUUACAGCUGCAGGAGAAAAAGACCCGACAGUGAAACUGGAGAAGUUCAGGGAGCUGCUGCAGAAACUACCGCCUGAAAACUACAACAAUCUAAGGUACCUGGUUCAGUUCCUUUCCCUGUUGUCUGAGCAACAGGCCAUAAAUAAGAUGACGCCCAGUAACAUCGCCAUCGUCUUGGGGCCAAACCUGCUAUGGCCGCGGGCUGAAGGGGAAGCUGCUCUGUUUGACAUGGCUUCAGCCUCUUCAGUCCAGGUGGUGACAGUCAUUGAGCCUCUAAUUCAGUACAGCUCCAGUCUCUUUCCAGAAGCUGUUUGCUUUGAGAUCCCUGAGUUACCUGAAGUCCCAGAUGUACCAGCUCCUGCUGCCCAGUCGUUCUUCCCUGAGAAGGAUUUACUGAUAAGAACAGCGUCUUCCUCUUCAUCAACAUCCUCCUGCUCCUCCCAUCACCUACCGCUCUCCAAAACAAACAGCACACCCUUUCAGGACUCUGGUGGCUUCUUCAGGCCUAAAUCUGGUUCUGUGAGCAGCCGCAGCGGCGUCACCUCAUGGGGAGGCCCUGCUUCUGAGACGGCAGCCAAUCAGAACACAGCCUCCAGCAGUUCGUCCACAUCCGAGUCCAGCACAGUUCCAGCUCCCACUUCUUCCUCUGGCUCCAGCUCCAUGUUUAGCCAGAUUCCAUCCCCUCCUCCCAGAGCGACAGUGCCGGCACCAAACCCAGCUGCCCAGAUAAGGAACCCCACCCAAAGGCAGAGCUUGGAUCAGGUCCAACUGGAGCCAAUUCUGGAGGCACCCCCUGACUCCCCUAAGGUGGUUUUGACGAUAGGAUCACCUUAUAAACCAAAGAGAACUUUCAACCCAAUCAAAUCCACACACCCCAAUGAGCAGGUGGCGGUCCAGUUCUCCAAAGUAAAACCCCCAGCAGCUUCUAGGGCUCAAGCCCCUCCCCCUCCAACCACAGCUGCAGCAGACACCACGCCGAUGCCUGAGCCAAUGCCUGCACCACGUGCUCUGCCUACUACCGCCAAAAAGCCUCCACCGAAAAAGCCCGGGGUCAGAGCUCCGAACUGUCCUCCCCCACUUCCUCCACCCUCACAGCCAAAACAGCUUCCCUCUGUGGCUCAGUGAGCGGCGCAGUCUUAUCUUCUUCUUCACCUUUGCUGCACAUGCUGUGGACACUCCCACUUUUUCGUAAAAUUGCAAUUUUAAGUACAUUUUUGGUAGCUUACUUAAUUUUUUUAAAUUGUAUCCCUCUUUUGUUGUAACAAGUCAUUUAUUUAUUCAUUUCUUCUUAUUUUUUAUUUCCUAAUGGUCAGAGUCACUAUGGAUGCACUGAACUGCUUUCUUGUUGUUGUCAAAAACAAAGAUGCUGAUGUAAAAGGUAGCAAUUGCAACCAUCCAGCUUUAUAUGUCUAAAAUAAUGUAAAUGAAUGCAAAUCUAAUUAAAAAAUGUCUUUAUUGUCCAUUCA